ACCAAACACAACCUUAUUUUGAAAAUUUUGGUGAAAAAUACAAGGAAAUAGAAGUAGACAAACAACAAAACAAGUUCUUCAAAAAAAACAAGUUCUUCAAAAAAACAAGUUCUGUUUCCAUUGCGAUACGACACAACAACAAAAAACAGAGGAUUUAAACAGAGCAGUUCAAUAAAAGAAACCCAUCCUUCACUUUCACAGUUCACACAGCACUGCCAUGGCGUCUCUGACCCCUGGCGUGCUAUCAAAGCUUCUAAAAAACUCAGGUAACCGAGUUACAAGUGAGCACCGUCAACCUCUCCUUCAAGUAACAGAAAUCGUUCCGCGUCUUUCGGAGGACACGUGGCAGCCAAACACUGGCUACUUUCUCAAACUAUCCGACUCUCUCCAUUCCGCUUACGUCACCGUCUCUGAUUCCGACGCCGAGUUGAUCCGUUCCGACAAACUCCAACUCGGUCAGUUCGUUUACGUAACUCGCUUUGACUCCGACGAUUCCUCUUCUCCUGUUCCACUCGUUCGUGGUUUGAACCCUCUUCCUAAAAGAAGACCUUGCGUUGGUAACCCUAUUGAUUUGGUUUCUAGUGAUUGUUUGAAGGUUGUUGUUACUCCUUCGAAACCAAACAACAUUGCGAUGAAGAAGAAGAGGAAGAAGAAAGGUUUAGUGUUAGGGUCACACUCUAAUGUGAAUAUGGACAACAAUGUGGUUGUUGAAAUGAGGAGGUUGAGUUUGGAUUCUUCUAGAAGGGUUUGGGAUCAUAGUCCUCUUGUUUCUAAAACUAAACCUUCUUCUCCAAGUUCCAGUUCCAGAUUCAAUUUUAAUAAAUCUACCUCCACUUCACCUAAUGUGAUAGACAAGAAGAUUUCUCUGAAAACUGAUACUCAUUCUCCACUGAAGUCACCAACUUCAGUUGUGUCACCAUUGAAGAACAAAAAUGAGAACUUGUGUCCCAAAACAACAGGAACACCCCCAAGGAAAAAUGCUACUACUAAGUCACAGUGUGUUGGCAAUGGCACUGUUCCAAGCCAACUUGUGAAGGUGCCCUUGAAUUUCAAAACAUGGUAUGACAAGUCUGGAUCUUGGGAAGAUCUUUCACAACCCAUUUGUAAUCUUGGAAAGCAAGUUGUAACUCAUAGGAAUGUUGCUUUUUUGGCUGCUAUUAGAUCUCUUGAAGAAGCAUCUGCUGCAGAUACUGUGCUUCAAUGCAUGUGCUCGUUUGCCGAACUCUGCCAGUCUAGUCAGACAGUUUCUGCUGGUUUGCUUGUGAAGCAGUUCAUGGAGCUUCAUAUGAGUCUGCAGAGAGUAACAGUGGUCUUUGAUUCCUUACUUGCCACACCUCCUGAAACAAAGCCAAGCAGCCACACUACUAUACAGUGUCUAACGGAAGACGCAUUUAAAAUCCCGACUCGAAAGAAUGCUACAUUUUGGGUACAAGCUGCCUUAGAUACCAAUCUUUCUAAAUUCAAUCUAUACAAAUCACAUGAAAAAACUGAGGCUUUGAAUGGUGAGAGAUCUCAUUAUGUUGUCAUUGAGAAAUCUCACGAGGAAAUGAAUACCGAGGACUCCACUGCUCAAAACAAGCAAAGUCGUGUAACUCAAGCAAAUCCCUUACAAAACUUGACCGGUAAAAAACUUUCUUCUUCGAAGCGGAAUCUUAUGGUAGCCAAGAACAAGGAUACAGAGAAGCGGGAUCAAUUGAAAGAAAGUGAAUUAAAAGCGGCUGCGAGUUUGGCAGGGAAACUGCUCGUGGCUUCUCGUGAAUGGUUCCUAAAGUACUUGGAGGAGUCAUUAGGUAAUAAAUUUGGGUUGAAAAAUGAAGGGCGCAGUGAAGUUGCAUGUCUUCUUGGACAGCUUAGAAAGGUGAAUCAUUGGUUAGAUAAUAUGGACGACGGAGGUGAUAAGGCUGAUCAUAGGAUAGAGAACUUGAGGAAAAGCUUGUACCGGUUUCUACUUGAGCAUGUUAAUUCUGCAGUUACUUCUAGUUAGAAACAUAAUACUACAAGAACUAACAGAAUUGACAAAAUGGAGCAUACUAUUCUGAACUGACCCUGCUUUGGAUAGCUAACAGUGGUAUUAUAAUCAAUAUUUUAAUUUGAACAUCUAGUGUUGGUUUUGGUAUAACCCUUUAGGAGUAAAGAUCUCACAUCUUGUAUACUGUAAUCUAAUUUUGUGAAUGAAUUAAGUUAUGACCAAGAUUAUGCCAUUUUAAGAUGUAUUCUAUCAACUUGUAUAUCUGUUAUUUAUUCUAACUCUGCUGAAAUUCAUUUUGGGUUAUUUA